UCUGCGUUAACCCAAAAUUAAGAACUGUCAUAUUAACGAUAGAAAACUUGCCGAAAGUUGUUGCAAAAAAAAUAGACGUUCUUCCAAGGGUGCCUUCUUUAUUGGAACUGGCUAGAGACGUCUCCAGGAAACACAUCGUUGAACGAUUUGAGGCGAAAGUAACAAGAAAAUAAUCAAAUUUGAAACGCCGUUAUACCAUAUGUACGUGCCUAGUGAUGAGGAAGGUAAUGACAUGGUCGAUAACCGUUACAAUUUAUUGUCACCGCCAUCGUCAGGUGACUACAACAUUAACAGUGACAGUGACAGCGACAGAAUUGAAGAACUUCUGUAUGAUAUGUACGUGCCGACGGACAGUGAAGAGGGAGAAAGUGACGAUGAGAGUGAAAGUGAAAAUUUUGAAGAGGAUAUGUUGAGAUUUAGCUGAAAAAUGUCUCCCAUUUGAAAUGUUGAAAGAAAUACCCAUUUGGCGUUGCAAUCACCGUCCACCCAUCUACCGCUUCAGAAUGUCUGUAUAUUCGUACCUGGAUGUCUCCCCAUUUCAUCUACAGUUUGAUAGAACCCAACCCUCUUUGAACAGCUUUCACCACGCUAAUAAUCUUCCACUAUACUACAGCACAGACCCCGCGGAAAUAAAAUUCUGCCUAGACCAUGGCUUGGACCCAAAUUUUAUCCACAAAGACAAGAAGACCAUUUUCCGCCUUAUUUUGAAUGGGUUUCAUUGGAACGGAAUCUACGAUGAAUGCCUAGACGAGACGGUAGCCAUGUUACUCUAUUAUGGAGGCAACCCCGCAAUAGAAAGUCGCACUGAUAACUGCUCCGAAUUGUUUGGUUCAUACAGCGCGUUCGAAUUUGUGUCGCUGCAGAUGUAUGAUCAAGUAUCAAACUUUGUUUUCCAGGAACUGUUCAUGCAUACCAUGAACGAUGACUCCAAGUAUGGCAAACUGCGUUUGCAGACGUUUCUUCACCUAGUCUACAAGCAAAAGUUCUUGGAGAAAUCACAAGACCGCAAUCACGUGAAAAUAUUUCUAGUCGAUAGAUUAAUUAAUUACGAUUUAGAAUUUGUGAUCAAUGACAAUAAAGAUCACUCAUUUUUGCUAAUAUGUUUGAUGGGAAUGGAUUUCGAGCGCUUUAAAACAGUAGUCCGGAGACACCCGGAGGCUGUAAGAGCUGCUCUGGAGUCACAAGAGGUGCCGAAUUGUGUUUUUAGAUCCUUUUCUGUCUUCCAGAAUUAUUCGAAAGAGUGGACGGCAGAAGUAUUUGUGAAUCUGGAGAUUCAGAACUAGAAGCCACAACAUUCGUUUUGUUCAUGGUCGAGCAUGGUAUGAAGUGCGAUAUGGACAUGUGUCACAUCGUCAACAGAAGGUUCGUUGAUUGCAUCCUCUUUCGGACUUUACUGCACCUAGAUAUAGAAUUAGAUACGAACAAGUACAAAAGUCUCCUAACGUAUCAAACUGUAAUGGUCGUAUAUCUCGUAAACAUUACUUUAAGCGUAGAAGAUAUCGCUGCAUUAAUUUCAGAAAAAUCGGCCGUUGGUCAGUAUACAAUUUGGGAUGUCCCUCGUUUGAACUUGUCCCCAUCAUGGUUUUACCAAUGGAUUCCCUAUGAUGUACUGCGCUUACUAGAUUUCUGCGUUAACCCAAAAUUAAGAACUGCCAUAUUAACGAUAGAAAACUUGCCGAAAGUUGUUGCAAAAAAAAUAGACGUUCUUCCAAGGGUGCCUUCUUUAGUGGAACUGGCUAGAGACGCCUCCAAAAAACACAUCGUUGAAAGAUUUGAGGUGAAAACAGCAAAAGAGUUUUAUUCAAUAGUGAACGGUCUUCCUAUAGGCGAAAGUAACAAGAAAAUAAUCAAAUUUGAAACGCCGUUUUACCAUAUGUACGUGCCUAGUGAUGAGGAAGGUAAUGACAUGGUCGAUAACCGUUACAAUUUAUUGUCACCGCCAUCGUCAGGUGACUACAACACUAACAGUGACAGUGACAGCGACAGAAUUGAAGAACUUCUGUAUGAUAUGUACGUGCCCACGGACAGUGAAGAGGUAGAAAGUGACGAUGAGAGUGAAAGUGAAAAUUUUGCACAGGAUAUGUUGAGAUUUAGCUGAAAAAUGUCUCCCAUUUGAAAUUUUAAAAGAAAAGAAAUCUUCCACCAUCUACUUGCUUUUGCAACCACCGCCCCCUAUUAACGCUUUAGAAUGCUUGUUGAAUACAGUUUGAUAGAAACCGAUCUUCUUUGGACGGCUUUCACUACGUUAAUGUUCCAUUAUAUUACAACACAGACUCGCGAAAAUAAAAUACUGUCUCGACCAUGGGGUGGACCCAAAUUUUGUCGAAAAAGACAAGAAAACCAUUUUUCACCUUGUUUUGGAUGAAUUUCAUUGGAACGGAAAGUACGACGAAACUUUAGACGAGAUGACAGCGAUGUGGAUAUUGUACGAUGAAGUAUAAAAUUUUGUUUUUGAAGCAAAAGUUUUUGGAAAAGUCUCAAGACCGCACUCACGUCAAAAUAUCUCUCGUCGACAGACUGAUUAAUUUUGAUUUAGAAUUUGUGGUCGACGACAAUAAUGAUCACACUUUUUUUCUAAUAUGUUAGAUGGGUAUCGAUUUUGAUCGCUUCGAAAUAGUCGUCAGGAAACAUCCGGAAGCUGUAAGAGUCUGAAGUCAGAACAAGUGCCGGAUUGUAUUUGUAGACCCUUCUCUGUCUUCAUGGAAAGGAUGCAAUAUUUAUUGUCUACCAACGACUUCUAAUUUAACUGCGUCAUAAUUUUUUUCGACUUUUUUAAUUAUAGAAAAGUUGCCAAAAUUUGUUUCGAAAAAAAUGGAGGUCCUUCUAAAAUAUAUCGUUGAAAAGUUUCAAGUGAAGAUGGAGGGGUUUUAGUGUGGCAAGCAAUUUAUUGCAGUCUCGCAGUAUCCCUAGCUAGCUAGCUAGGCAUUCUCGUAGAAAAUCCUACCCUAGUUCAAAGAGGAGUCCAAGACGGUAGAAAGAAGUUCUACAUGACAUCGUGAAGGCAGUUGCGAUCUAUUCAAGAGGCUAGUAGAAGAAAACCGUCCAAUUUUCGAAACAAUGAAGCUGUACUAAUUUUGAAAACCAUUAUAUACCGAAGGCAAGACUAUAUAAUCCAGUCUAUUGGGCAACUGGUUACUUUCAUAUUUUCUCUUGAUGGGUCAUGACCAUUAGAGUACGAAAAAUACAAUAUUGAUACAAUUAUUUACAUUUUUCACACA